GGUUUGGGCUCCUCUGCAGUGAUACUGUAAAGCAGUGGAUAUCUUACCACCAACAACAUGCAGCAACCAAGCUCGACAGAUAAUGCUAAUAUGAAUUCUGCUUUAGGAAAAGCAGAAGGCAAGAGAGAAAAUGUAUUCCUUAUAGUAUAAUUCCAAGGGAUGACAGUGAAAAAAAAAAAAGGAAAAAAAAAAAACAAAACAAAAAACCCCAAACACAAACAAAACCACAGUCCACUCUAUCUCGUGGUGACUUGGAGUGUUUUGUGACUGAAAACGGGAAAAUAAGAUUGCCUUAAUUACACAGUUGCUAUAGACUCCGAAAGGAGAAAGUUUUCGGUUGCUGGGGGUGAGGAAAGGUGGGGUAAUAUUCCCAUAUUAAUGCUGGAUGUUGUAUGUGAGAUGAGAUUGAAAGAGAGGGUUGGUGUGAGGACUCGGAGCACUGGAUCCUGCUGAAAAGCCUCAGAAGUCCCCCAGAGUGGCCACAGCACCCAUCCAAGAGCAGCUCCCCCAUGCAAGGAGAAAUCCCUCAUCCAAGCAGAGCUCCCUCAUCCAAGGAGAACUCCCUCAUCCAAGGAGAACUCCCUCAUCCAAGCAGAGCUCCCCCAUCCGAGGAGAGCUCCCCUCGCCGAACGAGAGAGCUCCCCAUGCAAGCAGAGCUCCCCCGUCCAGGCAGUCCCUUUGCAUUUUAAACACAGGCGCACUCUGCGGUUCUAGCGCACGGGCUUUGUGUUUUCUUCUCUUCCAGCCCCGGCCCCGAGGGUAGAUAUGUUAAAAAGAAGAGCGCCCAGGAAGCUUUGUGCAGGAAGCCAAGAAGGAGCAACACGGGAGACGCAGCGGGCAGACUUUGGCAGGUGGUGCUGGUGACGCACAGAAGUUACUUUGCCUUCGGAAAGGAAAAAAAGCCGGGUCUGCUGCUUAUGUAGGUGUGUUUUUGUGCCCCCGAGAAGUUGCCCGGGUCGCGCAGCGGCGGCGGAGCGGCGGCGGCUCGUCCUGGGCAGCGGCGGCAGCACAUGAUGGUGGCGGCGCGGCGGUAGCGCGGCGGCGGCGGCGGCAUCCCGCAUCCGCGGAUGCACGGCCCAUCCCCAUCCCCGUCCCCGUCCUCGUCCUCAUCCCCGCGCGGAAGGGACACCUGAGGCUUCGGCAGGCGGGCGGGGAUCGCCGCCGUUCGCCAGGGGAGAGCGUGCCGGGGGAAGGCGGGCCGGCGCUCGGCUGUGUGUGCCGGUGGGCAGGGGGCUGGUUAUCAUGGCGGAUCGGACGGCUCCGCGCUGCCAGCUCCGGCUGGAGUGGGUGUACGGCUACCGGGGCCACCAGUGCCGCAACAACCUGUACUACACGGCAGGGAAAGAGGUGGUGUACUUCGUGGCUGGAGUCGGCGUGGUUUACAACACCAGGGAGCACAGCCAGAAAUUCUUCCUCGGGCACAACGAUGAUAUUAUCAGCCUUGCAGUUCACCCGGAUAAAACGUUGGUAGCCACAGGGCAGGUUGGGAAGGAUCCCUACAUUUGCAUCUGGGAUUCCUACCGUGUCCAGACCGUGUCUGUCCUGAAGGAUGCGCACACGCACGGGGUCGCCUGCCUGGCCUUCGACUCGGACGGCCAGCGCUUGGCUUCCGUGGGACUGGAUGCCAAAAACACGGUGUGUAUUUGGGACUGGAAGAGAGGAAAGCUCCUGGCAGCAGCUACAGGCCACUCCGACAGGAUAUUUGAUAUUUCCUGGGAUCAAUAUCAGCCAAACAGAAUUGUCAGCUGUGGAGUAAAACACAUAAAGUUUUGGACAUUGUGUGGAAAUGCCCUGACAGCAAAGAGAGGAAUAUUUGGUAAAACAGGAGACCUCCAAACAAUCCUGUGUUUAGCCUGUGCUAAAGAAGACAUCACCUACUCUGGGGCUUUAAAUGGGGACAUCUAUGUUUGGAAAGGGCUCAACUUGGUGCGCACAAUUCAAGGAGCACACAGUGCUGGAAUUUUUAGUAUGUAUGCUUGUGAAGAAGGCUUUGCCACUGGAGGGAGAGAUGGCUGCAUUCGGCUGUGGGACACUGAGUUCAAACCAAUUACUAAAAUUGAUCUCAGGGAGACUGAACAAGGAUACAAAGGCCUGUCCAUCCGCAGCGUGUGCUGGAAAGCCGACAGGCUCCUGGCGGGGACGCAGGACAGCGAGAUCUUCGAGGUGCUCGUGAGGGAGAGGGACAAGCCCAUGCUGAUCAUGCAGGGCCACUGUGAGGGGGAGCUCUGGGCCCUGGCUGUGCAUCCCAAGAAGCCUUUGGCAGUCACCGGCAGCGACGAUCGCUCCGUGCGGUUGUGGAGCCUUGCUGACCAUGCCUUGAUCGCUCGCUGCAAUAUGGAAGAGGCCGUACGGAGCGUGUCCUUCAGUCCUGACGGAUCCCAGCUGGCACUUGGGAUGAAGGAUGGCUCCUUCAUUGUGCUCAGAGUAAGGGACAUGACCGAGGUGGUUCACAUCAAGGACCGCAAGGAGGUGAUCCAUGAGAUGAAGUUUUCCCCGGAUGGCUCCUACCUGGCCGUGGGCUCCAACGAUGGCCCCGUGGACAUCUACGCCGUCGCCCAGAGAUACAAAAAAAUUGGGGAAUGCAACAAAUCCUCCAGCUUCAUCACCCACAUUGACUGGUCCGUGGACAGCAAGUUCCUGCAGACCAACGAUGGUGCUGGAGAGAGGCUCUUCUACAAGAUGCCCUCUGGGAAACAUCUAACGAGCAAAGAUGAGAUCAAAGGAAUUCACUGGGCUUCAUGGACCUGUGUGAUAGGAUCUGAAGUGAGUGGAAUUUGGCCAAAGUACACAAACAUCACAGAUGUCAACUCUGUGGAUGGGAAUUACAACAGCUCUGUGCUGGUGACUGGUGAUGACUUUGGCCUGGUGAAAUUAUUCCGGUUUCCGUGCCUGAAGAAAGGAGCUAAAUUCAGGAAAUAUGUUGGCCACUCAGCCCAUGUCACCAAUGUGCGCUGGUCCCAUGAUUUCCAGUGGGUUUUGAGCACGGGAGGUGCUGAUCACUCCGUUUUUCAGUGGAGGUUUGUUCCAGAAGGGAUAACCAAUGGCAUCCUGGAAGCCUCUCCCCAAGCAGAGGGUGGUGUUGAUUCCUACAGUGAGGAAUCAGAUUCAGAUUUAUCUGACGUGCCAGAGUUGGAUUCUGACAUUGAGCAGGAAGCUCAAAUCAACUACGAUCGCCAGGUUUACAAAGAAGACCUACCUCAGCUGAAACAGCAAAGUAAAGAGAAAAACCAUUCUGUGCCCUUCCUUAAGAGAGAGAGAGCGCCCGAGGACAGCUUGAAGCUGCAGUUUAUACACGGGUACAGGGGCUAUGACUGCAGGAACAACCUGUUCUACACGCAGGCGGGGGAGGUGGUUUAUCACAUCGCCGCGGUGGCCGUCGUCUACAACCGGCAGCAGCACUCGCAGCGCCUCUACCUCGGCCACGACGACGACAUCCUCAGCCUCAGCAUCCACCCCGUCAAGGACUAUGUGGCUACUGGGCAGGUUGGAAGAGAUGCUGCUAUCCACGUUUGGGACACCCAGACCCUGAAAUGUUUGUCAUUGCUCAAAGGCCAGCACCAGAGAGGAGUGUGCGCGCUGGAUUUUUCAGCUGAUGGGAAAUGUUUGGCAUCUGUGGGGCUGGAUGAUAACCAUGCCAUUGUGUUCUGGGACUGGAAAAAGGGAGAAAAGCUGGCAACAACCAGGGGCCAUAAAGAUAAAAUAUUUGUAGUGAAGUGUAAUCCACAUCACGUGGACAGACUAGUCACUGUUGGGAUGAAGCACAUCAAGUUUUGGCAGCAAACAGGUGGAGGCUUCACCUCCAAACGGGGCACGUUUGGGAGCGUGGGGAAGCUGGAGACCAUGAUGAGCGUCUCGUACGGGCGCGUGGAGGAGCUGGUGUUCUCUGGGGCUGCCACUGGGGACAUCUACAUCUGGAAGGAGACCCUGCUGCUGAGGACAGUGAAGGCCCAUGAUGGACCUGUGUUUGCCAUGCACGCACUGGACAAGGGCUUUGUAACGGGUGGAAAAGAUGGAAUUGUGGCCCUUUGGGAUGAUAUGUUUGAGAGAUGUCUGAAGACAUAUGCUAUUAAAAGAGCAGCACUCUCUGCUAGUUCUAAAGGUUUGCUUUUAGAAGACAACCCUUCCAUCCGAGCCAUCAGCCUGGGACAUGGGCACAUCCUGGUAGGAACAAAAAAUGGAGAAAUACUUGAAAUUGAUAAAAGCGGGCCUAUGACUCUGCUUGUUCAGGGCCAUAUGGAAGGAGAAGUGUGGGGCCUGGCAGCUCAUCCUCUCCUCCCCGUGUGCGCCACGGUGAGCGACGACAAAACGCUGCGCAUCUGGGAGCUCUCGUCGCAGCACCGCAUGCUGGCAGUGAGGAAGCUCAAGAAAGGCGGGCGCUGCUGUGCCUUUUCUCCCGACGGGAAAGCCCUGGCGGUCGGGCUGAACGACGGCAGUUUCCUGGUGGUGAACGCUGACACUGUGGAGGACAUGGUCUCUUUCCACCACAGGAAGGAGAUGAUCUCGGAUAUAAAGUUUUCACGAGAAUCAGGAAAGUACCUGGCCGUGGCUUCCCACGAUAACUUUGUAGAUAUUUACAACGUCCUUACCAGCAAAAGGGUUGGCAUUUGCAAAGGUGCCUCCAGCUACAUCACCCACAUCGACUGGGACUCCAGAGGAAAGUUAUUGCAAGUCAAUUCUGGUGCCAAAGAACAGCUAUUUUUUGAAGCACCAAGGGGGAAAAGACAUAUUAUAAGAAUUGCUGAGAUAGAGAAGAUUGAAUGGGACACCUGGACGUGCGUGCUCGGUCCCACCUGUGAGGGAAUCUGGCCCAUGCACAGCGACGUCACUGUUGUCAACGCGGCCAGUCUCACGAAGGACAGAACCCUCUUGGCCACAGGAGAUGAUUUUGGGUUUGUGAAGCUCUUUUCCUACCCGGUGAAGGGCCAGCAUGCCAGGUUCAAGAAGUACGUGGGGCACAGUGCCCAGGUGACCAACGUGCAGUGGCUGCACAACGACUCCGUGCUCCUCACCGUGGGCGGCGCCGACACCGCCCUCAUGAUCUGGACCAGGGAGUUCCUGGGCAUCCAGGAGAGCAAGCUGGUGGACAGUGAAGAAUCAGACACAGAUGCAGAGGAAGAUGGAGGUUAUGACAGUGAUGUUGCAAGAGAAAAAGCAAUUGACUACACCACCAAGAUCUAUGCAGUGAGCAUCCGAGAAAUGGAAGGCACAAAACCUCAUCAGCAGCUGAAGGAGGUUUCAGUGGAAGAGAGGCAGGGAAUUGUCAAGGGAUCAAGGCCACCUGUGAGCAGAGCUGCUCCUCAGCCUGAGAAACUGCAAAAGAACAAUGUCAACAAAAAAAAGAAACUGGUUGAGGAGCUGGCUUUAGACCACGUGUUUGGAUACAGAGGAUUUGACUGUCGCAACAACCUCCAUUACCUGAACGAUGGUGCUGACAUUAUUUUCCACACAGCUGCAGCAGGCAUUGUCCAAAACCUCUCCACUGGUAGCCAGAGCUUCUACCUGGAGCACACUGAUGACAUCCUGUGCCUGACGGUGAACCAGCACCCCAAGUACAAGAACGUGGUGGCCACCAGCCAGAUCGGUGACAUGACAGAAUUCCCAGGUACAACCCCCACAAUUCAUAUAUGGGAUGCCAUGAGCAAGCAAACCCUUUCCAUGCUGCGCUGCUUCCACACCAAAGGGGUCAAUUACGUCAACUUCAGUGCCACCGGCAAACUUCUGGUGUCAGUGGGGGUCGACCCAGAGCACACCAUCACCGUCUGGAGGUGGCAAGAAGGGGCUAAAGUUGCCAGUAGAGGAGGACACCUGGAGAGGAUCUUCGUUGUGGAGUUCCGCCCAGACUCUGACACUCAGUUCGUGUCCGUGGGGGUCAAACACAUGAAGUUCUGGACCUUGGCUGGCAGCGCUUUGCUCUACAAGAAAGGAGUCAUUGGUUCCAUGGAAGAUGCCAAAAUGCAAACCAUGCUCUCCGUUGCCUUCGGAGCAAAUAACCUCACGUUCACUGGUGCCAUAAAUGGAGAUGUCUACGUGUGGAAGGAUCAUUUCCUGGUCAGGCUGGUGGCCAAGGCUCACACAGGACCGGUGUUCACCAUGUACACGACUCUGCGGGACGGGCUCAUUGUUACUGGAGGGAAGGAGAGGCCCACGAAGGAGGGGGGAGCAGUGAAGCUGUGGGACCAGGAGAUGAAGCGGUGCCGAGCCUUCCAGCUGGAGACCGGGCAGCUCAUCGAGUGCGUGCGCUCCGUGUGCCGGGGCAAGGGGAAAAUCUUAGUGGGAACAAAAGAUGGAGAAAUCCUUGAAGUAGGAGAAAAAAACGCUGCUUCAAACUUGUUAAUUGACUGUCACAUGGAAGGAGAAAUCUGGGGCUUGGCAACUCACCCCUCCAAAGACAUCUUUAUCUCUGCAAGCAACGAUGGAACAGCCAGGAUCUGGGACCUGUCGGACAAAAAGCUGGUGAACAAGGUGAGCCUGGGGCACCCCGCGCGCUGCGCCGCGUACAGCCCCGACGGCGAGAUGGUGGCCAUCGGCAUGAGGAACGGAGAGUUCGUCGUCCUGCUGGUCAACAGCCUCAAGGUCUGGGGCAAGAAGAGGGACAGGAAGUCCGCAAUUCAGGACAUCAGGAUCAGCCCAGAUAACAGGUUUUUGGCAGUGGGCUCACAAGAACAUACUGUGGAUUUUUAUGAUCUCACUCAAGGCACGACCCUAAACCGAAUUGGCUACUGCAAGGACAUUGCCAGUUUUGUCAUCCAGAUGGACUUCUCUGCAGACAGCAGGUACAUCCAGGUAUCCACAGGUGCCUACAAGCGUCAAGUUCAUGAGGUGCCACUGGGAAAGCAAAUCACAGACCCUGCAGUCAUAGAGAAAAUCACCUGGGCCACAUGGACCAGCAUUCUUGGAGAUGAAGUCAUUGGGAUCUGGCCACGAAAUGCAGACAAAGCAGAUGUCAACUGUGCCUGUGUGACCCACGCUGGCCUGAAUAUAGUCACAGGAGAUGACUUCGGGCUGGUCAAGCUGUUUGACUUCCCGUGCACGGAGAAAUUUGUAAGUGCCUGUUUUAUUUUCACCUCAGCAGCUUUUGCUUUUCCCAAACCCCUCAGCACUCGGUGUCACAGCACCCAAGCAGCAUGGUCCAUCCUCAGGAAGCUCUUACAGCAUCCAAACAGCACGGUCCAUCCACGGGCAGCUCCCAGGGAGCAAAAAGGCCUUGGGGUCAGGACGGCUGUGGGCACAGAGCUUUGCCUGGUGCCAUCCCUGAGCUGCUGUCCUGUCCCACAGGCCAAACACAAGCGGUACUUCGGGCACUCGGCGCACGUCACCAACAUCCGCUUCUCGCACGACGACAAGUUCGUGGUGAGCACCGGAGGGGACGACUGCAGUGUGUUUGUGUGGCGCUGCCUCUGAGGAGCCUCUGGCUGCUGCUGUCCUGCCCCAGCGAGGGCUGUGCUGGCCGGGACAGCCAGGAAUGCCCCUCUGGGGGCAGGAAUCCCAGCCCUGCUGCAGGCUGACAUUUCCAGAUCACUCAUCCCAACUUACCCAAAGGGAACGGGAGCUGGCCUUGGAAAGCCCGACACCCUUGCGAAGGAAGCUGAGGUUUGAAGGGUAACCUGGGGAUCCCAAAGGGAUGAACAGUUCACUCACAAAGCUGCUUUUGCCUAAUACUGUGUUGUUCAAACCAUGUCUGAAAAGGGAGAAAAUGCUGACAAAAUGCUGGGCCCCUUAAUUUCUAAAUUUGUGGCUUGAACGUAGUUCAAAAAGUGGGUGGGUUUUAACCACACCUGCUUAAAACUCCAAUUUGGUGCACUCAGUAAAGCUGGGAGCAUUUCAUGAGCAGGCUGGGGAGGGGAGAGGUAACCCUUCAGCUUUCAUUAAUUGAAGGAGCAAAGUAUCCUGUUAAGUCCAUUUUAUUUUUAAAUAUAUAUAUUUGGCAGAAUUUUCUAUCCAUGAAGUGCCUUGGAAUAAUUUUCUAGUAGUUUGGGCUGCAGCCUUGCCUCCCCCACCUGCUUUCCACACACGGUGCUAUGACUCUCACCCAGAGGAGGGCUAAACCAUUCUCACCUUUUCCAGCUGGGUACUCACACGAUCCCUGUUUUCUGCUUUGGUUUUUUAAUACCUCCACCGGUGAGUUCCCCGCUGUCCAACAGCGAGCGGCUCUGUGCUGCCAGAAGGCCAAAGUGACGGCAUUCCAGCUCCUGGGCAGCUGCUCCUGCUGCCAGCAGUGCAAGCUGAACUCCAACAGUGAGUGAGAGGAGAGGGUUUGGACAGACUUGGUUCGAGACAUUUUAACACCAAGAUUGAGGGAGUCAUUCCCCAAGUGUUCCUGCAUGCUCCCCCUUUCUGGGAAAAUGUGCUUUCCACUCCUACAGGCAGUGGCCAGCCAGAAUCUUGGCCUGGUGGGAAAGCCUCCAUCAAUCCCUAGUUCCUGCUCUGGAGGAGGGUCCCAAGCCUCCAGAGGAAUCCCUGGAAUGUCCCUACAGCAGGGCUAUGUGUGCCCUCCAGUCAGUCCAUGCUGCUUGUAAGUAAAAUACAAAUCCUCUAGUACCAGGAAAUGCAGCUUUUUUUUUUUCUUUUUUUUUUUUGGGAAAAGCUCAGCAUGGCUGACUCUGGGCUCCUCUCCUUAUCCCUGGUUCUCCCUCACCCCACAGAGCCCCUUGUCCUAUCCUGGGGGCCAGCUGAGAUCAAAGCAGAGCUGCCUCCAUGGAACAGUGGAACCAUGGACAGAUAUUCCCAAAAGGAAACUCAAAACCUUUCACUAUUUGUUAGGACAUUUUGUCAAAACCAAAAACUCUGGGGACAGUGGAAUUGGAUAAAAAUUAAAAAGGAAUACAAAUAUGGGCAAUAUCAAAAUACGUAUUUAAGAUCUUCAAGAUUCUGGGCAUGGAACAACAUCCAUAUUUUGAAAUUACCUUUCUUACUUAGAAGAAAUAAAGUCCAAAAUAAAACAUUUAGACUUACAUUUCGUCUCUGAAAAGCAAUAGUGCUUUAGUCCCAGUUCAGGACAAUAGGAUUUUGAACUCUGGAACCUUCCUGCCAGUCCGUUUCUGCUGCCCACUGCACAGAAAAGUAGCAAAAACAUCCCAUUAAAGGAGUGGAUUCCUGUCUGUUUAACACACAAAGUGCUUCAGCAACCUCAAAGAAUCACCUUCUUUUUUUUUUACAAUUGAAUUUAUUAAUGCCUUAUAUGACUAUACAGCAGAGCAGUUUGUCAGAUACACAGUACGAGUCCCUAUGCAGUCUUUUUUUCAAAGAAACCUUCGGGAUCAAGUCCUGUUCUGUCAGGUGGUGCCAGCAGUGAGCACCUCUGCCUGUGUUGUAAGCACUCAUGUUUGCCUUCCUUCCACGUUGAUUGUAUCCCAAAUAAAACCAGUUGCGUGGCAGAAUGAAUUAAUCAACAGUGAUGUGAGAAAUAUCUUCAAGCAAUAGUGUCUGUCAGGAAAACACUUACCUACGGUUUGUAUGUUUCUAUGGUCUGGCUUCCUGUAUAAAAUGCUCGGAAGUAAUGCUGUAUUUUACUGUAAAAUGAAAUAUUAAUGCAUGAAUUUCUAUUUUUCAAUGGUCAAGAUGCCAUUCACUUAAAAUCUGCAUCUCAAAUAAAUUUGUACACACGUUUUCAAUGUCCAGCUCUUAAAUCGGAAUCAACGCGUCGACCUGGAAAGAUUAUUGGGACUUACUUCCUUCAAACUUGAAAAUGGCAUCAACCAUUCCUGUCUCAAAACUCCAAGAACCCGACACCCUCCGGAGCGCCCUGGGACACUGGAGGUGGCCCUGAGCAGCUCCCUCAGGCUGCAGAGGAAGAAAAGGGACCGUGACAAACCCACCCCUGCACCGCGCUCUACUCGGACACUACUGCCACCACCAUGGACAAUGGAAAUUUAUCACAAUGAACUUCAAAUAAACACAAAUAUAUAUUAAACUUGCCUCAAGAAAGCCAAAUACUGGUAUCAUUUUAUGUCUAUAAGCUUUAUUGAUACUUGGGGUUGGUUUUUUUUUUUCCUUUUUUUGUUGGGAUUUUUUUUACAUUUCACAAUGCAUUCCACAGACUUAGUUCAGUACAGCUCAAACUGCAAGUGUAUAAAUUUUUCACUUAUCAUUUCUUGCAUAACAGGACAGGGCUUUAAGUUUCCAAACAACAUUUGCAGCAUUAGAUACUCGGUCCACAGAUUAUCAGAGUCUGAAAGCUGGAGAAUUAUUUGCUCAAGAUCAACUACUGUACGUUUGUGCAACAAAGUGUAUGCUGUAAGUUUCUUUUACUCUGUGUGGAGGUUCUUUGUUCAUUUCUCUUUUGUUGUUUCCAACAGAUGCCAGUGUUUACAGAGACUUUUUAGUUUCUCAAGCUUGUGUGCUCUGGAGCUCGUCCAGGCCUCAGUCAGUUCUCUGAAGUACAAAGCACUGUGGAGCAGCUGAAAGAUCUAAGCUUUGUGAAACACAUAUAUAUAUAUAUAUAUAUAUUGGCAAUUGAUAAAACAAAAUCA